UGAACCACUUGCAGUGCAUUAAGACCCACAAGCAAGAAGACUCCGAAGCCGGGAGUAAAAGUACCAACAAAGACGACAGGAGCUGUUAGACCUUGCAAAGGAAGACCAGAGAUAGAGAUAGAGCAGAAACGAGAAGAGAAGCUCGCCUUGCUUUCUGACAGCUGGGACAACAGAAGUCUAACAGGCAAAGAGUUGGUAGUUAAACUCUCUGGAGUUUGGUCAGAGUCGCUUAAAUUGCCGUUUAUUGCUUGUGGAAGUGGACUGCACUGAAACUUGGAAUCGGUCUGCAAAGAAAGAAAGAACAAGCAGAGAAGCACCUCUGCUUCUCCGCCGCCUUUCUUUUUCUUUUUCCUGCCCGCAACUUUUCCUUCAACUUCACCUGACAGGGAGAGUUUGAAGAAAGCGGGAGCGGAGAAGAUUUCCAGGCGGUGAGAAACCUGUGGAUAGAGAGACCCUAUCGAAGACACGCUUAAGUUUAAAGAUCUGCUACAGACAGAUAUGGCCCCCUUAUUCUAGUGAAGUUUUUAACCCUCUGUCCAAACUACUUUAGUCUAGAAGAAACAAGCAACAUAAAGAAACCCAGAAAUUAAAACAAGUUUUUCAAGUAAGAAAAACCUUCAGUACAUUGGAAGAGAAGUCUAAAGAGGUCUAGAUCAACCAAGUGCACCAAUCCAUCCAUCCUCUAUAAGAAAGAAGAUGGAGUGGAAACCCUGCUUGUUCACUGGCCUCUCUCUGGCCUUGUGCAUGUUUCUCGACCUGACUUUUGCCACCCCAUCUGGACCCGCCUCAGCCACCUGUGCUACACUUGAGCAAAGCCGCUUCUUUGGUGUCUUCUCAUCCAAAACCGCACUUCCUGAAGCCCCUUGCUCUUGGACCCUGCAGAAUCCAGACCCUCGUCGCUACACCGUCUACAUGAAGAUCACCAAGCCAACUGAAUCUUGCAUACCCCGCCAGAUCAAGACCUUCCAGUUUGACUCAUUCCUGGAAACCUCACGGACCUACCUGGGCAUGGAAAGCUUUGACGAGGUAGUGCGCCUGUGUGAUGCUACGUCUGCAGUGGCCUACCUUGAGUCCAGCAAGCAGUUCCUGCAGCUCAGGAAGGUUGUGCCCCGCAUUGGGACAGAGCUCAUGGUGGAAGAAGAUGGAAAUGAUGACGAGGGCAGCCAGUUCAGUGCAGAGUUCCUGGUAGUAGGUAAGAGGAACCCCAGCGUGCCUGCCUGUGAGAUGCUUUGCAAGUGGCUUGAGGAUUGUCUGACAACCAGCUUCCAAGGCAACCCCUGUGGAAUUAUGGCCACUCCAUGCCAGUGCUGGGAGCCACCCAAGAGGAGACCAGGCGGGUGCUACAGGGGUGGAGUCUACAUGGAGAAAUGCACAGCCAAUAUCAGAGACAACAACAGGGAUGCUGAGAUCAUGAAGGGUUGGGCUGGUUGGAGCCGUUGGUCUGAGUGCAGCAACGAGUGUGGAGGCGGUGUCCAGGUGCGCAGCAGAGCUUGCCAACCCGAAGAUGGCAUCUGUGAGGGUGUGGUUGAAGAGGCCAGAGCUUGCAAUCCCCAACCCUGCAUUGGUAAAAUGCGCCAGCGUAGCCAGGGUCUGCGUUCCAUCAUCGGCUUGAGGAGAGACAGCGGAGAUGAGAUUACAAUUCCUCAAUCAGAUGGUGCUCAGGAUCAGUGGGCUUCAUGGAGCUCCUGUUCAGUUAGCUGUGGUGAGGGCUGGCAGAGUCGCGUACGCAACUGCCUCACAUCUGGAAACAGCGUGAUGUGUGUUGGCCCCCUGAGAGAGAACAGACCCUGCAACAACUCUGUAGUCUGCCCAGUGAACGGAGCCUGGGACGAGUGGGCACCAUGGAGCCUGUGUUCAUCUACGUGUGGUCGUGGCUACCGUGACCGCGUUCGUGUGUGCAAGCCACCCAAUAAUGGAGGAGAACCAUGCACUGGGCCUAGAAAACAGACCAAAUUCUGCAACAUUGCCGUCUGCCCCGUUGAUGGUUCCUGGAACGAAUGGUCUGCAUGGAGUCCCUGCUCUGCCUCUUGCUCCAAUGGAACCAUGCAGCGUACGCGUGAGUGCAAUGGCCCAUCGUAUGGCGGCUCCGAGUGCCGUGGAGACUGGCGUGAAUCCAACACCUGCUUCCUCAGAGACUGUCCAGUGGACGGGAGAUGGCUCUCCUGGAGCUCUUGGACUAGCUGCAGUAAGACAUGUGGAGGUGGUAGCCAGCAGAGGCAGAGGGUAUGUGAGGGACCAUAUUUCGGUGGAGAACCCUGCAUCGGUGACAAAGCUGAUCUUAGGCGCUGCAAUGAGAAGAGAUGCCCUGAACCCCACGAGAUCUGUGGUGAGGAAAGUUACGGAAAUGCAGUGUGGAAGAGAACUCCAGCUGGUGACACCGUUGCUGUUCCAUGCCCCUCUGAUGCAACAGGCCUUGUCCUUCGAAGAUGCACCCUGGACGCUAUCGGUUUGGCCUUGUGGGGAAACCCAAGCUACAUCAAAUGCGUCUCCAGAGAAUACCAAGACAUCCAAGCCCUGACUCGCGAGCAGUUCUCAAAGUCCCUGACAGCAGUGCAGGUGGAUGGUGUGUCCGAAAUGCUCUCCAGGCUCAGAAUGAUCUCCAACGAUGCAACAAAAUACAGCGGGGACUUGCUAGCGGUCAUGGAAAUGCUGAGAAACACUUCAGAGAUUUUCAGAAAAGCUGGUUACAGUGUUGUUGAUGUAGAGAAUUACGUCCAGACGAUCAGCAAUUUACUGAAGGAGGAACACCAUGGCAAAUGGCAAGAAGCACAGCUGAUGGGGGUGAACAUCAGGGAGCUGUUCGGCUUGUUUGAGGACUUUAUUGACAUCAUUGGCAAGCAGAUGAGAGAUUUCCAAGAUAUUUAUGAGAUGACUGAGAACUUUGUACUGAGCAUCCAGAAGCAUCCCAAGACUAUGACUUCAGAUGUGACUUUCCCCAUGAAGGGAUGGAGAGGCAUGAUGGAGUGGGUUCGCAAUUUGGAUGAGAAAAUCGUAGUGUCACGCAACGCCCUCAGUCUGGAUGUUCCUGAUGCUGAAGAGAGCUCUGGCUUUGUAACUGGAAUUGUUCUUUACAGAAAUCUGGGCCCUAUCCUGUCUGUUCAGAGCAACACCACCUUGCUGAACUCUAAGGUUGUCACAGUAAUGGUGAAGCCGAAUCCCGGGUUCCUGACGACCCCAGUCGAGAUCGAGUUCCCUCAUCUGCACAACGACACCGUCAAUGAGACGUGCAUUGCCUGGGAUGAGAGUGAAACUGAAUCGUUGCUGGGCUCGUGGUCGGCACGCGGCUGCAGAGCGCUCGCGCUCGAUUCAGGCAGGACCAGGUGCGCGUGCGACGCUCUCUCCACGUUCGCCAUCUUAGCGCGUCCGAACCCCGAGUCGAACAUGGAUAAGAAUCUGUUGCCAUCGGUUACUAUGAUCGUAGGAUGUGGCGUUUCAUCCCUGACCCUGCUACUGCUUAUCAUCAUCUAUGUCUCCGUUUGGAAAUAUAUCCGCUCUGAGCGCUCGGUCAUCCUCAUCAACUUCUGUCUGUCAAUCAUCUGCUCCAAUGCUCUCAUCCUGAUCGGUCAGACACAGGCUCGCAACAAGGUCAUGUGCACCCUGGUAGCAGCCUUCCUCCAUUUCUUUUUCCUGUCCUCUUUCUGCUGGGUUCUGACAGAGGCGUGGCAGUCGUACAUGGCCGUGACCGGUCGUCUGCGCAACCGCAUCAUCCGCAAGCGUUUCCUGUGCCUGGGCUGGGGUUUGCCCGCGCUCGUCGUGGCUGUUUCUGUAGGCUUCACCAAGGCCAAGGGAUACGGCACGGUCAACUACUGCUGGCUGUCUCUUGAAGGAGGACUUCUGUACUCAUUUGUUGGACCUGCAGCUGCCGUUGUCUUGGUGAACAUGGUGAUUGGUAUUCUGGUCUUUAAUAAGCUUGUGUCGAAGGAUGGGAUCACAGAUGUGAAGCUGAAGGAGAGAGCAGGGGCGUCUCUCUGGAGCUCUUGCGUGGUUCUCCCUCUGCUGGCUCUGACCUGGAUGUCGGCUGUCCUGGCCAUCACAGACCGGCGCUCGGCUCUCUUCCAGAUCCUCUUUGCCGUCUUCGACUCACUCGAGGGCUUCAUCAUCGUCAUGGUGCAUUGCAUCCUGCGACGAGAGGUACAAGAGGCCGUUAAAUGCCGCGUAGUCGAUCGCAAGGAUGAUGGGAACGGCGAUUCUGGGAGCUCACUGCAGAACGGCCACACGCAGCGCUUGGGUGACUUUGAGAAGGAUGGUGACUCAAACAGACCAGGUGGCAUGAAAAGCUCUUCAGAAGAGAAGAUGCCUCUCCCUCAGCUGCCACUUCCCAUGGGACCCAACUUCCACACACUGCCUUCGAAGCCCAGCACCAAAACGCACAUGCCUCCCAUGCCCGACUACUCCAGCCACACUCUGACCCUGCGUCGUGACAAGACCCGUGGAGGUGAGCUGCCCAGCUCCAAGCCCAUCUACGUGUGCGACAGCGACAUCUUCACACAGAUGGACCACGAGCUGGUGCGCGUACCGACCGAAGGUUGCGUCCCUGACGCAAGCGGCUACAUGCUGAUGCCCAACACUACAUCCACACUGCGCUCCAAGCCCAAGGACGACAUCUCUUCCGCUAAGUACAACAUCAGCGUUGAGCAGCUGCCCCAGGCACGCAUCAUGCACCUGGGAAGCGGAUACGCCGAACCACAGGCUGCCUACGCCACCAAGCCAGUAACUGCCGACCGCGCCAGUGUGUCGUACUCAGAGCGGGACUCACCCCUGCAGAAUGUGCACAAUAUGUCCAGCGAGAGCCACGUCACCAGUUUGCUAGGAGACACCUUCGACUCGAUGAACUCCAUGAUGUCGAAGAGCGAGACUAUCUCUACACUGUCCAUGAGCUCGCUGGAGGUCAGCGAGGGGAGGCAGAAAUCUCGUUAUGCUGAGCUCGACUUUGAGAAGAUCAUGCAUACGCGAAAGCGCCAUCAGAACAUGUUCCAGGACCUCAACAGGAAACUACAUCAUGCUGAGAAGGACAGAGAAUCACCCGCUUCUGACAGCAAGUCUGUGAGAUGGAGCGUGUCUUCUGCAGGAAGUGACAAAACAAGCCACAGCGACAAACAGCAAGCACUGGGCGAGCGCUCAUGGGAGACCAUGCCCCGAUCACAGGCGUCGCCGCCAUCAUGGGUGCGGAAGGACCUUGAGCCUUUGGCAGCAUCUCCCUUGGAGAUGCCUUCUGUAGAGUGGGAGAAGCCUGGCACUGCCAUCCCUCUAGUAGGCCAGGACAUCAUUGAUCUGCAGACGGAAGUGUGAGGCCCUUACCAAAAAAAAUCCUGUGUAAUCUGGCUCUUUUUUGGUUUGGGAAGAAGAGGGAGAGGGCGGAAUCAGAAAGGGAAAAUUGGGCGGUCAAGAAGGAUAUAUAGAGCGUAGGGGUGGAGAGAGAGAACCAAAAACCAUGUCCUGAUAUCCAAAGAAAUAAAGAGGGGAGAUUGCAUAGUUUGGGAUUAUUGUAGCCUUAAUUAAUGGUACUUAACAUAACAGAGAAGGGGGAAGGGGAUGUGAUGGAUGGAUGGAUGGAUCUGAUGGAGUGGCUUUGGUUCUCCUCUGGGCACAGCAAGAUUCUUGUUUUUUUCCGCCAAGAGCUUCUCCCGUAACUCUUCCGUCUGGUCCAGGAGAGGUGUAGUCUUCAUGCCUGUGCCUUUUGUUCAGUUUUCGUUCGGCUUCAGUAUGGAAAGGGCGACCGGUUGCUCGGCUCCUUGAGCUCAACUUCUUCCAGUGUCUCUGCUCUCACCACGUGAGAAGGACUGGCACCGAGUGACUUCCCAAAAGCCUCUUGGCUGUUUUUCACCCUGAGGUGAACGGACGCAUGUGGCCAACUGUCUGCGCUGUGGUUAUUGUUUUUAUAUCGCUUUUGCGUAGAGCUGCUUCUCCAGAGCUUAUUACAGACUCUUUCACUGAACUCUAUUCAGAGUCUUAUAGCAUAACUUUCCUGGACUCAAGGCUUCAAUAGGACUAUCAGAGCUAAACAUUUAUUUUUAUUGUUUAAAUUGUCAUUGUUAUUAUAAAAUAUUGCUGAUAUUUUUGGCUUAUUCAGCUAUGAUUUAUAUUUAUAAGAUUAUUUUUCUUGCUUUUGCUGUAAUUUGUUUUCUGCCCGUUUUUGUCUUCAUUACCUUCAAAUGUCAUGAUAAAUUUUCCAAAUUUAAUAUAAAACAUAUAUUUGUUUCCCAAAAACUACAUGAGGAACAAUAAUGAGAGUACAAAAGGAGGUGUGGCUUUACAAACAUGUGCUAACCCAUGUGACCACUUGUGAGACACCACUGCUACACCUGGAGCAAGCCCAGUGAACGUUCUGGGUACCAAAGGCUAGGUGCGAGCAGCAUGUGGACACUUUCAGGAUGAAAGCAUCAUCUUCGCUUGGCUGUAUGCCCUGGUGGAUCAUCUCACUAUUUGUGUUUCCUCCGUUUCCAUGACCAGCUCUUUCUACAGCCUUGUGAACCUGACAACAAGGAGAAAUAUGUAUAACCUCAAAGACCCUAGCACUGGGCCUUGAGGCACCUCGGCAUGUGGUUCGAGGUUGUUCUCGCCCUCCACUAAACUCCAGCAGAACUUCCUCAGUGCCAGCUGUUGAGGCAAACAGACUCUCGUAUUGUGCAAACAGAGAGUGAAUAAUUAAAAAAAAAAGUGCAAUACGAUAAUGGACACUUGAUGCUCAAGUGAGGGUGAUGUCAGACCCAUGACAGAUUUUUAUUAUUUUUGGAAUUUUUGUACCAUGUUUAUAGAGCAUAUAGAGACAUUUAUGAUAAUACUGUCUAAGGACUGUAUUAGCAAAUAUCAAAGAUUUUUUCUCCAUGAAUUUGAUUUGAUGGAUGAAAGCACAUGACUUUGAGUCAUGUGAUUAAUAUUUGGGAGAUAAAAAUAGAAAUUAUAUAUAAAGAACAAUAGAAUAUAGAGUAUGUUUCAGGCACAUACCCCUGGUUUUCUACUUGAUUCCCCCCAGAUUGUUGAAUAACAGAACACUGGUCCCUCUGUAUUGUCCUGUGUUUUGAAACACUGUAACCCUGUGUGCCAAUAACCUUCCCUCUUGUUGCAGUCCUAGACAGUAUGGGGUAUCUAAAGUCUAACUGUUUCUGUCUUUUACAUUUGUAUGUCCUUAUUUUUCCAUUGUUUUCACUUGUACAGUUUUCAGAGCACAAAAUGA